GAAUUUUUAAAAUGCAGGUUUUUUUUUGCAGAUUCGGAAUCUCCACCUUUGACAUAGUAUGUUCCUGUAAAAAAAAGAACACAAAAAAAAUAAAUCGCCAUGAGAGUGUGGUCCAUGAUCUUUACCUGCACCAUUUAUGAUCGGUUGUAAUAAUGCCUGAACCAACUGCUAAGAAGGUAAAACUGAGGAACUAAAAGAAGAUUUUAUCAUGUUUGGUUUUGUAUCUGUAGACUCAAAUCCUAUGUGUCUUGAAUGUGAUGCCAUCAUGACAAAUCAUUCGAUGAAAAAAGUUAAGCUGGAACAGCACCAGAAAUUAAGGCAGCCAUCAUCUGUUCGUAAAGGCAGGGAAUAUUUUGAGAAUAAAAAGAAAAUACAGCCAAUCAAACUACCUGACUUUGUAAAGAAGAUAAAUACUGAAAAAGCAAAGACACUCAAACCAAGUUAUUUGGUCUCUGAAAUUAUUGCCAAGGUUGCAGCACCUCAGCUCUAUGGUGAGAAACUUGUCAAGCCUGCUAUGAUAGCAUGUGCAAAUGAGGUUCUGGGAAAAGAUGCUGCAUUUACUCGGAGUACAAUUCCACUUUCAAAUAACACAAUUACAAGAAGACAGGAUGAAAUGUCUAAUUUUGUUGAGGAAAAGAUUGUAGAAAUUCUCCAAAAGACAAAUUUUUCUAUCCAGAUUGAUGAUAGCAUAAUUAUUAACCAAGCUAUCUUUCUGGUCCAUGUCAGAUUCAUCCAUGAAGAUGAAAUAAGGGAAGAAAUGUUAUCCAUUAAAAGUUUGUCUGAUACAGCUCAGAAAAUUUUGGAAAGACUGAGUUUAAAUCAAAAAUAUUCUACUUGAGUGAUAUUUUUAAAACAGUGAAUCUGCUUAACUUAGAGCUGCAAGGUAGAAAAUCAGAUUUGGUCACCUGUUCUCAGAAGAUAAAAGGGUAUAUGGGGAAAUUAAAAUUUUGGCAUCAUUUCAAACUUUUAACACCACUGCUACUACAUCAGAAUGCAUUGCCCAUCUUGAAGGUUUUCAUGUAGACUUUGAGAGAAGAUACAAUGAUUUAUUAGGCAUAACUAUGACCUUCCAAAGUCUGGGGGGUAGAACUCUGUAGUUAUGCCAUUUAUUAAAGAUGGAUUAUCCACUCUGGUCUGUAGACCUAGAAAAUUAUGAACCAGGAAAUGAAAAUUUUGAGUUGGCUGAAAUGUUGUUGGAUUUCAAAAAGAAUAUGAAACUGAGAAGAAGAGUUGAAAAAGAAGGUGCCUUUGCCUACAUAUCGAUAAAGGAAUCGCAGCCAAAUAUUUUUCGACAUGUAGAAGCAAGCAUCAUUUCGUUCCCUACCACACGGAUUCUUGUUUCCCUGUAAUUUUACGAAUGUAACAUCUUUUUUUUUCUUGAGGAUCCACGCGAUACUUUUCGAGAGUUUCCUCCAAUGUAUUAUCUUCUACCUUCUCCUUUAAUUCUAUUAAAUGUUUAUUCCACAAUUCA